AACUGGAUAUCUUCGUCGAUAACCAGUCAUGAUCCGAUUUCGGCUCGUGGCGAAAGCACUGAGCUCUCGAUAAACCAACGUCUGCUGGUCGGAACGUCCCUCACACGUUCCGAGAGCUUCCCUUCUCAGAAAGUCCCCAAAGAAGCAGUGCCGCUCCGAAACUCACUCAUCGACGAGCCACCUGAGGUGCGAAGCUCAGGAUGCCGGAGCGUGUGGUUUUUGUCCGGCCACAGAGCUCAGAGCAGGAGUUGUGCAACAUCAAAGAAGAACCCGAACUCGAAGCCGAGCCCACUCUGACUGGAGAAGAAGCCCAAGCCUUCUACGAGGAUGUCUUGGGCUUACCAUCGACAUCGUAUCCAAAACCUGAUUUGACGGCGGCGACUCAAAGUUCAGUGAGACACCGUAGAGAACAGGACUCUUCUGAUGAGGAGGAUAAACCCGGUGAUGAAACGAAAUCAAUUUUCACCAAAACUCUCUUCUCAUGCGCCCAGAACGGAGAGAAUCGGCAGUUGAAAAGGCUCCUGCUUACGAAGAAGCUCGACGUUAAUAUCCAAGACGCGUAUGGCUGGACUCCCUUGCAUUGUGCGGCUGUCGAGGGGCAUAUCAGCUGCAUCCGGACCCUUCUGAAGUUUGGCGCAUCGAGAGAGCUGAGGGAUAACAAAGGCCGUACACCCUUGGACCUCGCUAGAAAAUCAAAGAACCAUUCUGCGUAUCAUCUGAUCAAGCAUCACGGAGCGAGUGAGGAUCGUCAGAACCAGGAGGAUAUACCAGCACCGAAGAUCGUGACUUGCCAAGUUUGUAACACUGAGUACGAUGCAGAGAAAGAGGAAAAGCACGUGACCUCUAUCGUCCAUCGAGCGGCUAUAAAUGUCGUGAAGGAGCCCCUCUACGGAAUUCCGCAGGGCAAUGUCGGUUUUCGAAUGUUGGAGUCGAUGGGUUGGGAAAAAGAGAGGGGUUUGGGUCCCGCUGGAGAAGGACGGAAAUUUCCGGUGAAGACUGUGCUCAAAAGAGAUCGGAAAGGUCUGGGAUUGCCGGCGCAGAAAGCCAGAGUUUCUCACUUCGAUCCUAAGGAUCCUCUGGCGGUCAAGCAUGACUGCGAGGAUCGUGGCGAAAAACGGAAGAUGCUGCGUAAGAAAGAAAUGAAGGCCAAAACCCUAGAGAAAGAGUUCAGAAGAGCUUUCUAUUGAAUUGCGGAGGAAUGUGAUCUAAUGUAAGCCAUGUAUCAAUAAAGCAUAUGUCCUCAAUAAGAUAA